AUGCCCGACUUACUUCUUCCACCCCCUUAUCCGCCCACACAACCCCUCUGGUGCUGGCGGCUGGCGCUGGUGCUGGUUCCUGGUGCUCGUGCUGGUUCCUGGUGCUGUUUCCUGGUGCUGGCGGGGUUCUCUGCUGGCGAGGUUCUCUGCUGGCGGGGUUCUCUGCUGGCGGGGUUCUCUGCAGGCGGGGUCCUUUGCUGGCGGGGUUCUCUUGUGGCGGGGUUCUCUGCUGGCAGGGUUCUCUGCUGGCGGGGUUCUCUUGCUGGCGGCUGGCCCUGGAGCUGGUGCUGGUGCUGGCGGCUGGCCCUGAAGCUGGUGCUGGUGCUGGCGGCUGGCCCUGGAGCUGGUGCUGGCGCUUGUGACAGGCGUCGGUGCGGGUGCUGGUGCUGGCGGCUGGCGGGUCCAAUGGCAGGUGAUGCGUGCUGGGCGGGACGGGGGUCUCUGCUGGCGGUCGUUGCUAGGCGUUCGGCCGCCACUCCCUGCCCUUCUUCCCUCACCCCCUCCACAGCGACCGCUGCUGCACAUGCGAACAACCACGACAGGGGGGGGGGGGUGACGAGCAGGGAGCGGGGGUAA